CUGGUUGCUUUUCUGCUCCAGCGUGGCGGAGGCGCUGGAACCCAUUAGCACCACCAUCGCAGUGGGAAUGGCUGCAGCUCUCACUGGGAUUUUAGCGAGAUAUCAGAACAUUUUCUACCGCUUCCACGAGUGCUGCCGACCUGAAUGGAUAUCCUUCAACGAGACAAAGACGUCAGAAAUCCACCGGGUUCGACCAUGAAAGUGGCGUAUAUAUGUUUGUGGGUGCACGUCUCAUUCACAGCCAGCGGGCUGGUGAACGCGUUUGAUCCGAUCACCACAACAGUGGCAGUCGGGAUCGGUGCUACGCUGGGGCGAACGAUCUACAGAUACUUCCAGGAAACUUGCCAUCCGAAAUGGAUAGCUUAUAACGCAACAGGGCUCAAGACCGAUCUGGAGAGCAAGCUCUUUGGACAGCACAUUGCGUCCCGCAUCAUUUUAAAGGCUGUGAAUGGAUUCAUGAGCAACGACAACCCGAAGAAGCCUCUGGUGCUCUCCCUGCAUGGAUGGACCGGCACCGGGAAGAAUUUUGUGAGCAAGCUCAUCGCUGAUAGCAUUUAUGCUGAAGGAAUGCAAAGCAGCUUCGUCCACGUGUUCACAUCCACUCUUCACUUCCCACAUUCGGAACAUAUCGCUACUUACAAGUCUCAGUUACAGCAGUGGGUCAGAGGCAAUGUGACCAACUGUGAGCGCUCAAUGUUCAUCUUUGAUGAGAUGGACAAGAUGCACCCAGGCUUGAUUGACAGCAUCAAGCCAUACCUGGACUACUAUGACAAGCUGGAUGGAGUUUCUUAUCGGAAAUCAAUCUUCAUCUUCCUCAGCAACGCAGGAGGAGACGGCAUUAUACAGACGGUUCUAGAUUUCUGGAGAAAAGGACAGGAUCGAAAAGAGAUCGAGCUCAAAGACUUGGAAACGGCAUUGUCACUGUCCGUAUUCAACAACAACAAAAGCGGCUUCUUUCGUACAAGUUUGAUCGACAAGAACCUGGUGGAUUUCUUCGUUCCCUUCCUGCCUCUAGAGUACCGGCACGUGGUCCAGUGUGCCUUGGCCGAGAUGAAAGCAAAAAGACUUAAACCGAAUCAUGACGUGGCAGAUAAGGUGGCCAGAGAUUUGGUCUACUUCCCCAAAUCUGAGAGAGUGUUCUCCGUCAAAGGCUGCAAGACGAUAGAGAGCAAACUGGACUUCUACAUAUAAUAUGUGCACCUAAGGACAGGAGGAUGAGUCACUAUGUGCACUUUCUUUAAAAACAAAGAACCCUGCAGCCAAAUGAUUAAAAACAGGAAGCCAGACUGACUGAAGAGAGUUUUGUGGAAGUUUCCCUGUCUGACCUUGUGGCCAUCAAGAUACCAGGAGGCCUUCUCACUUACACUGAAUGAACAGCUUAGCACCAGCUGAAUAAAAUAUUCAGAUGAUCAGAUUCUUUGUCACCGGUUAAAGAGCCUAAUCUCUGCGUUUAUGCCAGCCUUAGACGGUGGAGUUUUCUUGGAAAAACUCUCGAUAACUGAUGUCUUCUUGUCAGGGAAACCCUUCCCUAUGGAAUCGUUCUUCAACGUGGUCUUGAUGUGAACGGGCUGCAGGAAGUAACUGCCUUAACUCUUUAUCCCCCAGUUUUUAGUAGAAGGAAUUUACAUAUUAAACAGCCAGAGUUGGUGUUGUGGUGAGGGCAACAGAAAAGCUGUUUUUUUUAAAAACACAAACAAAAAAUAUCCUUUUAUUCUGUACUGUUAAAUCUCAUGGCAUAUUGCAGAGAUUACAUAUGAGCGAAAUGAAAUGUCAUAACAUUUUUGACCGUCUCUGAGGGCAGAAACUCAGGGUUGUCAUCUCGUUUUAAAUUUUGAUGGUCUGGAAGGAAACGAUCUUUGUGUUGGCCUAAUUUUCCCAAUCAAAGCAUAGCAUUGUGUGUUAUAUACAGUUAUUCUCCAAGGUGUUCACCUUCCUGUUUAAGUGUCAGGUUUUUGUGGUGGAAAAGAUCGAUUUUAAAAUCUUUUCCACCUAUAAUGUAGGGCUGCUCAAUAAAUCACAAAUUUAUUCGUAUCUAACUGGACCUAACAUGCAGAGAACUGCUUAGACUGCAGUAAAUCUUAAAUAUUUAGGUACCAUGUAUUCAGGCUCCCUCUGCCUUAGAUAUAUAUGGUGGCGGCUGCUGUUGAAGGCAGCAUAAACAUGUUUUUGAAAGUUAAGGUGGUAAAGGAAUUGCAACUAAGUUGUUGCAUUGACAAGCUGCAGACUUUGUCCUAAAGCAACUUUUCAAAAAAUAAAAUCUUGUUUAUUUUCCUUUCCAGGAAGUCCUUUGUAAACGGAUUUAGACGUAGGAUUAGACACACUGUGACCCAGAAACAUUAAAAAGCCGUCAUCAGGUUUCCAACAGACACCUGCAGGUUUUUGAUCAAAAUUGAUAAAUAUUAAGAACCUGAGCACCAUCUGAUGAAAUGUAACCUGAGAACAUGAUGCUGCCACUACCGUGUUUCACUAUGGGUAUGGUGUUUAAUUGCUGUAUACUAUAACUGAUGGUAGAUGUCAACAAGAACUGCACAAUGUAUUGAAUCACAAUUGUCAUCACAUUAUCUGUAAAUACAAUAUGGAAAUCACAAAGAACAACUUGGACACAAUAUUUGGCAAAAGAUUCUGAAAUUAUUUCUCAUUGUUUAAUUUUAUUAAAGUCCAUAAACCUGGCAUAUCAA